CGUCCGCCGAUCCAUGCGGUGCGCUCGACCUACCAGCGCAUGUACUUUUUACAGCUGUGUCAAAGACUCAACUGUCCAUUCUUCUUUACAUCUUAUUUUUACUUAUGUGUGCCUAAUGGGUGGGCCUCGUUUGCCUGAGGACCCAGCAUUGCAGUGGGUUUUGCUAGCGUUCUGUGUGAGAGAGGAGGGGUCGCAGCGAACGCCCGGUAAAAACCUAAAUUCCACUCCCUCCCUCCUCCUGUUCCUCCUCUCUCUCUCCCUUGCUGCGCCGCCGCCACCUCUCCUCCUUUUCCUCCUCUCUCUCCCUUGCUGCGCCGCUGGCUCUCCUCCUCUCUCUCUCCCGUGCCGCCCCACUCCUCCUUCUCCCCAUGCUAGCCCCUCCACCUGCCAUCUGCAGCGCCAUAGGCGGUCAGAUCGUUGGGGUGAGCAGGCGGCCAUCUCUGGUGUGUCCUAUGGAGGAGCGGAGGUGGGUGAGGAUGAUGGUGAUGGCGACCAGAGGCCCAUGGCAGUGGGAUGGAGGAAAGAUGCAGAAGGCCGGCAAUAGGCGAGCCAUGAGCCAAGGGACGGCGUUCCUUCUCUGCUGAGGAUUUGGGGAUUGCUCAGGUUUGGAGCAGCAAACCAUGAAGAUAUGGGGUUGCACGGGAAGCCACCAUGAUUCGCAGUUUGAAUUGUCCCUGCAGCGGAUUGGGGUGGAUAUGCUCGGCACCGGCGCACCACCCAGCAUCCGUAGGCAACAAAAGGAUGAUGGGGAGACCAAGCGAAGUAUUCAUGAUGCUCUGUGUGUUGCAAGGAAUCUGAUCAUCAACAACUCAAUUGUGUAUGGUGGUGGCUCAGCAGAAAUAUCUUGCUCAAUUGUUGUUGAAGCUGCAGCGGAUCGGCAUCCUGAAGUUGAGCAGCUUUACCUGAAAACAGUGAUGGCGCUGGUCGGUCGUCGCCUCUCCACCGGCUAUUGUUUGGCGGCGUCAAGCAGAACGCCGAGGAUGCGCCGCUCUGUCUCAGGGCUCAACGCCCACGUGGACGCAGAGGUUGGCAGGUUCUCGCUCUUCACCGGGGCUCCGACGGUCGUGCUUGGUGUGGCAGCGCUGGACAGCGGCAAGAAGGAAGAGCAUGGGCGGCCCGCGAUGCCAGGCCCCUGGCCCUCCUCCCUCAAGCUCAAGGCGGCGAUGAGAUGGUUGGAAUGGUGCUGCUGCUCCGUAGGUACUAGCUUCUGCAGUGUCUCUUGCUCCCUCAAUUUCCUUGCCUCCUCUUGAAUUCAAUGGACGCAGAACAUGUUUUGACAAAUUGGGCUGUGUGCACCCUAUUUGUGUGACGGCAAGAAGGGAGAAGCAAGAGAUAUAUAUUUUUUGCUUCGGUUAGUAAAGGAAUAAUGAAGUGGUAUUUAUUCGGUUAUCACCCGUUCAAUAUUUUGAAUUGUGCUUAUGCUUAUUGCAGCCAGGUGAUUAGGGUGAAUUGAUUGCUCUUGGCUCCCAAAUACUUCUAUCAAUGGCUCAUGUUCAAAAUACAAAUAGGAUAUGUCACUGCAUCUUAUUCCCAAAGAAGUGUUGUGCUCUCCUUUGUUGUGAGCUCGUCACCUGUUGCGCUCGCGUCUAUGCCGUUCUUGCGCCGGUGCUUACCAUCUCUUUAAGGUGUAUUAUGAAUGAGUUGCAGUAAUACUCUUAUGAUUACAAUGCAUGAAAAUCUGUGUCAACAUAAGUGUACUGGUGACUUGACUUCGGACUGUAAUUUAGUCUCUGUUAUUGUUACUUGUGCCCAAGUAGCCACAUUUCUGCUGACCGAGCAUUCUGUCUGUAGUACCGAAAAAUGCCCAGAACAUUAUGACUGGGUAAACAUUAUUUAUUUGUAUGUGAAAAUUUGGGUAAAGCUUGUGGCUCCUGAAUGGAAAGGAAGUAUGGGUCAAGAAAACCUAGGCUGGUUGAGAAAAUACACGAGUAGACGGUCAUGGAUUACAUGGCCUAAUUUGCUAAAUGAACAAUGGUCGAAGAAACGGUUGACAUGCGCAUCCUUUUUUUUUUGUAAACUGCAGGCCUUGAUGGAUGUGUCAGUUCAGUUUUCUUCAUUUUAGUUUUUUGUUUCUGCAGCGAGAUCUUAUGCAGGAUAAGUCAGUGAUAGUAGUAUGGGAUAAUCACUUUUGUAGGUUCAGGGAAUCAGGUUUUAUGCUCGGUGGGGAUGUUGUUUGUCUACUUUUAUCUUAUGCAAAAUAAGGUUGGGAUUAUAUUAUGGGGCAAUUUGUUUUUGUAGGUUCAGCAAUCAGUUUUUGGGAUAAUCAGUUUUUUUGUGGCAUAACUAAUUGUGAACUGUACCAGUGUAGAUUUAGUUUUUCCUGAGUUUUGUGUAGCCUGUCAUCUUUGCUUUUCUGUGUUUUCUCCAUUUUAUUUUCAGUUUUUCUGCCAGAUAGGCAAUGAGUCAGUAGAUCAUGUUUUCACCUUGUUUUAUUCAGGCAUAUUUUAGUUUUAAAUAUUCCCCAGUGAUAUUCAUUCGUUCAGAUCAAACUUUUUAGACUCUUAACGCAAAUGUACAGGGGUAUAGUUGGGGGAGGGGUUACAGACAAAUCUCCAGACUGAAACUUCUUUUGUCCAGCGUAAUGAGGCUUUUUUAGCGCUCCUUGGUCCGUAAUGCUUCAACUUUUUUCUGUCUACUUGCAGUUUCCAAUCGCUGCAUCUUUUCACCUCCUACUUCAUGAUGUGUGUGGUGUAUUACUCAGCAUGCGGAUAUACUCAGGGGCAGGCAGGGAUGCGUUCAGUGUGUACUGUUAUGGCCGGUUUAGCUAGGCCCACCGGGCAAUCUUAGUCCACAAGUUAUCUUAGGUUAAUUCUUAUGCAAGUUAUCUUAGGUUAAUUCUUAUGCAAGUUAUCUAGGUUAUAAAUAUAGGCUGUAAGACUCUUUUUGGAAUUAAGCAAUAAGAAUAUUAUUAUCCCUAUUGCCCGGCUCCCAGAGGAGCCGGAACCCUAGCCGCCGCCGCCAUCUCCCUCCGACGCGACGGCGCCCAGCCGCCGGCGCGCCCGGUCAACGCCCCGUCCCACUCCAUCCUUCCCCUACAACCUCCGGAGCAGGUCCGGUAGGACCCCUGGUUCUACCAAUUUGGUAUCAGGUACCCGGGUUUCGACCAUGUCUUCACCGCCACCACCACCGCUGCUGCCCCUUACCACCACCACCGCCGCCGCGUCAUCUCCGAUCGCCACGGGGCAGCUGGCCCUUCCGUCGGCGCUGCUGGAUCUCAUCUCCGGCGCGCCCACCGGCCUGCUGCCGCCCCCCGUCACCACUACGCCGCCAGCUCCAUCGACUCUCACGGCCCAAUACUCCCCGGAGGCCAUGGCCGGUGUCCUGAACGACCUGGUCGUCGCGGUCCAGGGCAUCCGGCUUUACCUGGCCAGCCCGUACGGGCCGUCACCGCCGCUCCCGCCGCCCGUGCCCUCCGGACCGCCGGCUCUUCCGUGGUACUCGUGCCCGCGGCCCUCGCCGGAGGAUACCCGGCGCUACCGCCGCCGUCCGCUCCAGAGCCGGCCUGGCCGCAGUGGGCCGCGCCAGCGCCUGCGGUGCCACCCGCGGCUGCCCCGCCCGCCCCAGCCCCGUGGCUGGUCUGGCCCGCGCCGGUUCCAUCCACGCCGGCUGCGCCGGCUCCACCGAGCGGGCCACCGGCGGCCGCGGCGCCCCUCUGGCACUUGGCGCCAGCGCCCUCAGCGCGGCUCCGUGGCCGCUACAGCAGACGCCGCAGGCGGGGGCCACCGGCCCUCUGCAGCCGCCGUUCUCCGCGCCGGCCUGCACCGGGCUGCCGCUGCUGCCGUUCCCGAUGGGCCACCCCGGCGGGUCCACUCCGGCCGCGGGCCCUCUGUGGUAUUUACAGCCGCCGUCCCCCGCGGCCACCGACGCGCCGGCCCACCCUCCGCCACCGACGCUGCAACCACCGGCGCCGCCCCUGCCCAGCUCGAGGGCACCCUCGCCUACGACGGCCUCCCCACCAUUGACCGGGCGCCGUCAUCAUCACUGCUCCGCCCCACCGAGCCGGUCGGCCAUGGCGCGCCGACCCAGACGUCGCCACGGUUCGCCAAGAUCGAUUUCGCCACUUAUGACGGCACAGAGGACCCGCUUAACUGGCUCAACCAGUGUGAGCAGUUUUUCCGUGGCCAGCGCACGCUCGCGUCGGAGCGCACUUGGCUGGCAUCCUACCACCUGGCAUCCUACCACCUCCGCGGUGCAGCCCAGACCUGGUACUACGCCCUCGAGCAGGACGAGGGCAGCAUGCCUCCUUGGGAGCGCUUCCGCGAGCUCUGCCUCCUUUGCUUUGGGCCUCCGGUUCGCGGGAGCCGCCUGGCAGAGCUCGGCCGCCUUCCCUUCACCUCCACGGUGCAGGAUUACGCCGACCAUUUCCAGGCCCUGGCAUGCCAUGCGUCGGGUGUGACGGCGCAGCAGCGGGCCGACCUCUUUGUCGGUGGACUUCCGGAUCACAUCCGCGUGGACGUGGAGCUUCGGGGACCCCAGGAUCUCCAGUCGGCCAUGUACUGCGCCCGCGCGUUCGAGCGCCGCGCGGUGGCCAUCCAACAGGAAUCACCGUCCCGGACCGCUGGGUCGCUUCCCGGGCCGGAUUCCGUGCAAGGUCGGCCUACGCAGGCUUCUGCGGCACCCCUCGCCGCGACCGCGGCGCGCCCGUUCCGCCGGCUCACCUCAGCUGAGCUACUCGAGCGUCGCCGCCAAGGGUUGUGCUUCAACUGCGACGAGCCCUACACGCCCGGCCAUGCCUGCCCUCGACUCUUCUACCUGGAGGUUGCAGACUACAUUCCGGAGGACACCGUCGCCGCCGACCUGGCCGCCCCAGCUGUCGAGAAGGUGUUUGACGCUGGUUGAUCGCCUCGAGGAGUUCCGCAAGCGCUUCCCCACCUUACAGCUCGAGGACGAGCUGUUUGUGCAGGCGGGGAGAAGUGUUAUGGCCGGUUUAGCUAGGCCCACCGGGCAAUCUUAGCCCA